AUGACUGCCGCUCCACGCCCGUCUGUGGGUCCCGUCACCGUCGGGAUGAACAUCCUCCGCCAGGAAGGAGCGGCGACGCUGUUCUCCAGCGUCUCCGCCACCGUCCUCCGGCAGACCCUCUACUCCACCACCCGCAUGGGCCUCUACGACGUGCUGAAGACGAAGGGGACCAAUCCGGAGACGGAAAACAUGCCGCUGGUUAGGAAAAUCACGGUCGGGCUCAUCGCCGGCGGAAGGAGAAAGGGUUUGGUUUGA